AUUUCCCUCCGAAGAGGACGGGCUGGUCUUGGUGGUGAAAGAGACGAAGGAAAAGUUAAUGGAUCACACAAAGUAAACUGAAGUGAUUCAGUCAUCAAAUCAUAACCGAAACAAACCCUUCAUAUACUUUUUUUUUUGUCUUUGGUUUUGGAAAAAAAAACCUUUUCUUUGUCUUCAUACAUAGCUAGAAUCUCCUCAGCUUCACGCUACUUUCUUUCUAAACUUCCCAGAAACAAGGCUGGUUUUUGAAGAAGAAUUGGGUUUGGAUUUUUUUUUUUGAGGGAGCAAUGGAGAGAAAGAAGAAGGAGAUGAUAAGAUUGGAAAGGGAAUCAGUGAUUCCAAUUCUGAAACCAAAGCUCAUCAUGACCUUGGCCAACCUCAUUGAACAUGUUUCUGACAGGACUGAGUUUCUGAAACUAUGUAAGAGAGUUGAGUACACCAUACGAGCUUGGUAUCUUCUGCAGUUUGAGGAUUUGAUGCAAUUGUAUUCGCUGUUUGACCCUGUGUCUGGGGCUAAGAAAUUGGAGCAGCAGAACCUAUCUCCUGAGGAAAUUGAUGUACUUGAACAGAAUUUCUUGACUUACUUAUUUCAGGUGAUGGAUAAGAGCAACUUCAAGAUAACAACCGAUGAAGAGAUAGAUGUUGCACUCUCAGGACAAUAUCUUCUAAAUCUUCCCAUCAAAGUUGACGAGUCCAAGCUUGACAAGAAACUUUUGAAGGCUUACUUUAAUGAUCAUCCCCGUGAAAACCUCCCUGACUUUGCUGAUAAGUACAUUAUCUUUCGGCGUGGGGUUGGAAUUGAUAGAACAACAGAUUAUUUUUUCAUGGAGAAAGUGGACAUGCUGAUUGGACGUUUUUGGGGAUUUCUUUUAAGAGUAACCCGGCUAGAAAUUGUUUUUGCAAGAAAGUCAAGUGGAAAGCGCAAGAAUGAUCAAAAGAAGGAUGAUGACCUUAACUCUGAAGCUGAUCAGGAUGAUUUGUUUGUUGAAAGACUCCGACUGGAAAAAAUGAAUUUAAGUGUCAGCAAUUUGCUGAGCAAGACUACAAUACAGGAACCUACAUUUGAUAGGAUCAUAGUCGUUUACAGGUCGGCACCCACAAAAUCAAAAACUGAACGGGGGAUAUAUGUGAAACAUUUCAAAAACAUUCCAAUGGCUGAUAUGGAAAUAGUUCUACCUGAAAAGAAGAACCCUGGGUUAACUCCAAUGGACUGGGUCAAGUUCCUGGUUUCUGCUGUAGUUGGGCUAGUUGCUGUGAUUGGUUCAGUUGAAAUGCCCAAGGCUGAUCUUUGGGUCAUUUUUGCUGUCCUUUCCACAGUUGUUGGUUACUGUGCUAAAACAUACUUCACGUUCCAGCAAAAUUUGGCUGCAUAUCAAAACUUGAUUACACAGUCUAUGUAUGAUAAACAACUAGAUAGUGGAAGGGGUACUCUUCUUCACCUGUGUGAUGAUGUGAUUCAACAGGAAGUCAAAGAGGUUAUUAUUUCUUUCUUUAUAUUGAUGGAACAAGGCAAAGCUACUAGGCAGGAUUUGGAUUUGCGUUGCGAGGAACUGAUUAAAGAAGAGUUUGGUGAGAGCUGUAAUUUUGAUGUGGAUGAUGCAGUUGAAAAGUUAGAGAAGCUGGGCAUUGUUGCUCGGGAUUCUCUCGGACGAUAUUUCUGUGUUGGGCUAAAACGUGCUAAUGAGAUUAUUGGCACCACAACUGAAGAGCUCGUCCUCAAGGCAAAGCAGGGUUUUGCUAAUUCUUGACAGUCUUUGGAAGAUGUGUUUUCUUCUCUACCAUAUCUGUUCCAAUCCAGCCUCUUUCCAGCUCUAAUUGAUCAAAUACUUGCAUGCAGUUGACAGUUGUGCUUCCAAGCAUCUCUGGACAGAUCUUGAUAUCCUAUUGUACUUAAUUGAUUUCUGAGCAAUUUUGAGCUCCAUUUUCCUUCCUCUUUCAUUAAUAAUAGUAAGAAAAUUGAACCAAA